AUGCAAGUGCAUGGUUUAGGUGUACGUGAAUCUUUAAAUUGUUCUUUUCUAGGACAAUUUCUGAGACUGUUUUCCUUUUACCCAAAGGUUUUGAAGCUUUGGGAGCCUGCGGCCGGUUCGACGGAUGACAUCAGCAAGCGCCGGCCCGCCUCGGCACAGCUGCGGGUUGUUAUAUGGUAUACGUUCCACAUGCUUGUGAGGUACACAUUUUAUAGGUCCAGAUGUAAGUGUUUGCUUGAUUUGUCGCUCAAGUUUCAUGUUCAAAUGAUGCUCCUUGACUUCAAUACAAUGUUGGUAUGUAGGAUGACUAUCUAUGCAACUUAUCAUGCACAAAUUAAAAAAUGCUUGGCUCCUCUUCUGCAUGUCUCCAAGGAAUAA